AUGCCCUUCUUCUCUGCGCCCCAGGCUCUGCGCCUGCGCACCCUACCGUCUCCCUCGUCCGGCUUCUCUGCCAUGGCGUCCACAUCCUACGACUACGGCAACGAUGGCGGCUUCAUGCGCGUCUUCAAGAACAACCACAGUUCGCACCCGGACUUUGCCAAUCUCACCCUCCUUGUCUUCGAGGCCGUCAUGGAGGUCGUUUGCGUCAGUUUGCCCGGCUACGUUAUCGCAAGAAUGGGCCAAUUCGACGCAGAGAGCCAAAAGUUCCUAGCAAACCUCAACACGCAGCUCUUCACACCCUGUCUCAUCUUCACAAAGCUCGCGUCGCAAUUGACCGCCGACAAGCUGUCCGACCUCGCCGUCAUCCCCGUCAUCUUCAUCGUGCAAACACUCGUAUCCUACCUCGCUGCGCUCCUCGUUUCCCGACUAUGCGGUUUCAACAAGAGGGCGUCCAACUUUGUGGUAGCAAUGGCGGUCUUCGGAAACUCCAACUCGCUCCCCAUCUCCUUGGUCAUAUCGCUUUCCAAGACACUGUCCGGUUUGCAUUGGGCCAAAGUACCUGGUGAUAACGACAACGAAGUGGGCGCACGCGGCAUUCUCUACCUCCUCAUCUUCCAACAAUUGGGCCAGUUGGUUCGGUGGACUUGGGGUUUCAACGUACUGCUCGCUCCAGCCAGCGCAUACACGGACGAAGACGUGGGAAAGAACAACGCCAUUGAAAGUGGCGAGUACAGCCCGGACGAGGCACAACGUCUGCUCGACGACUCGCAUUCUGACUACGAAUCUGGGAACGUAACCAGCUACGCCACCUCAGCAGACACCAGCGACACAGAUUCCCUCUUCGGCCGCGAAGAUGCCCAGGCGCAGGCUGACUUCACAACGCCUACCAACGGCAACGCUAUUAUCAGAGGAGUCGGGGACAUGAACGGCUCUACCAAUGGUCACGCUGUCGGCGCUCUUGAAGCCCUCAAGAGAAACGAGAUCCCCAAAGGCAUCAAAGGAUGGCCUAAACGGACAAAGUUGGCCAUCCAACGCUCCGCGAAAUCCGUCUCUGACAGCACCGCUCGUGUUGGGCGCCGCUGCUUGCAAUCCCUGCCUUUGUGGCUCCAAAGUGCACUCUCCAAGAUUUAUUCGGGGCUCGCCAAAUUUCUUCAUGGUGUAUGGGAGUUCAUGAACCCUCCUCUCUGGGCCAUGUUGGCUGCAAUUCUUGUUGCCUCUGUUCCCUCUCUCCAGCACUUGUUCUUCGCUCCCGGGACUUUUGUCAGCAACUCGGUUUCCCGCGCGGUCAGCCAGAGUGGACAGGUUGCUGUCCCCCUCAUUCUGGUUGUCUUGGGCGCCAACUUGGCUCGCAAUACGCUUCCAAAGGAAGACCAGCAUUCUAUGGAGGACCCCAAGGUCGAGAGGAAGCUCGUAAUCGCUUCCUUGGUCAGCCGCAUGCUUAUUCCAACGAUAGUCAUGGCCCCCAUGCUCGCUUUGACUGCAAAAUACGUCCCAAUCAGUAUCUUGGAUGACCCAAUAUUCAUCAUCGUCUGCUUCCUCCUCAGUGGCGCCCCAAGCGCGCUACAGCUUGCCCAGAUCUGCCAGAUCAACAACGUAUACAUGGGCUCCAUGUCGAAGAUCCUCUUCCAAAGUUACGUCCAGCAGCAGCCAGAGGGAAGCUUGGCUACAGAGGAGGAGCCCAGCUCUUGUACCGCCGCGAAUGAUGAAAGCACGUCACCGCAACCCCCGUCGGCCAAAGUUGUUUCCUUUCCCGAUGAAAGCAUCUCGCCGCUGAUGAUUGGCAAGAAUAAGGAACUUGACCAGAAAGACUACCUUGAUCUUGAUAAGACUACCAAGCAAUACACUGCAAGCAUAAGCCGCAAGCGACUAUCUGGAAGGCCAUCUACUGAGCGUCUGAGCUCCUACAAACCAGCACCCGCAGAGGGAAAUCCUUCGCUGUCUUCCCUCCUCUCGGAUAGCUCCGCAGAUACUACUACCCCACACGGCCACCAUGCGCACGAAAAUCUGCUGAAACAGGUCGGGGCGUGGCUCAAGCAUGAGCGAACCAGACGUCACGCACGUAGGGCGAAGCGAAAGGCUGCCAAAGAUGUCAGUCAUGACGAUGAAGCUGCAAAGGGCACUACUGCUGAAACGACUGAUCAACCCUCUGGCACUCGAGGAAGGAGUGGAUCCGAGUCGUCCACAGGCUCUGUUUCGCUUGAUCAGUUAGCCCAUAUUUUGGAGAAGACGUUGGCUAUUAAGCCAGCCGAAGCUAAGAAACGGUCACAGCAUAUUCGCAGACUUUCUACGGGAUUGAAGCGGCAUUCUGCCAUCUCGCUAGACUCAGACCACAUUGAGUCUGUAGAUCAGCUCGUCCCUGGCUGCGAUGUCGUCCUAGACAACUCAAAGACGAUGGCGUACAGUAUUGAUGAACCCACUGACGAUCCUGUGACUGAAGAUUCUGAGAGGAGGGCACGCAAGGAGAAGGAGGCUUGGACCAAGUUCCGAUUCGAGAUUCUUCGCAUUGCUCAUACCUUGAAGUUAAAGGCUUGGCGAAAGAUACCCAUGGACCUGCACGACGAAAUUGACGUGCAGAGACUGAGCGGUGCAUUGACAAAUGCCGUCUACGUCGUUUCGCCUCCCAAGAAUCUACCAGCGCAAGGACAAAGCGGAGAUGGCACGCCCAAGCCAAAGAACCCGCCCCCUAAGCUUUUGCUUCGUAUCUACGGCCCGCAGGUGGAGCAUUUAAUCGACCGGGAAUCCGAGUUGCAGAUUCUAACACGACUCGCACGCAAGCGCAUCGGCCCACGACUACUUGGCACAUUUCAGAACGGACGCUUCGAGGAGUUUCUUAACGCAAAAGCCCUCACUGCCAAGGAAUUGCGCAUCCAGGAGACUUCUAUCCAGAUUGCGAAGCGUAUGCGCGAGCUGCACGAGGGAAUCGAUCUCUUGAAGCACGAGCGAGAAGCCGGCCCUUUCGUAUGGCAGAAUUGGGACAAGUGGGUCGACCGAUGCGAGCAAAUCGUGACCUGGCUGGAUCAGCAGAUUCUUGAGAGCAAGCAGGACGCUACGCAAUCCGCCACUGGCAGGUGGAAGGAGAGGGGCUUCGUGUGCGGCGUCCAAUGGCCCAUCUUUAGGCAGACCGUUGAGAAGUACCGAACGUGGCUAGAAAACCAGUAUGGCGGACUAGAGAAGAUCAACGAGCGGAUGGUCUUUUCCCACAAUGAUACCCAGUAUGGCAACAUUCUCCGCAUGGAGCCGGAAGGCGAGUCGCCUCUUCUGCUACCAGCAAACCAGCACAAGCAGCUCGUGGUCAUCGACUUCGAAUACGCAAACGCAAAUCUUCCUGGUCUUGAGUUCGCGAACCACUUCACCGAAUGGACCUAUAAUUAUCACGACGCAGAAGGCGCGUGGCGUUGCAAGACCAAAUACUACCCCACGGUUGAAGAGCAACAUCGGUUCAUCCGAGCAUAUCUGCUGCACAACCCUUCUUACAAAUCCCAAGGUGGCUACACUUCUAACCCUACGACUCCUCACCUUGGACCGUUACCUUCAUCUGGUAGCACCACCGCCCUGACCGCAACUGCGGCUCCGAGCACUAUUUCUGCCUUCAUGCUCGACUCCCGUGCACCACCGGGUGAGAAACACUCGUCGUACCAGGAGCAGGAAGCCCAGGCUGAGCGGAAGACGGAAGAAGAGUGCCGGCGUCUGAUGGCCGAGACGAAGCUCUGGCGACUAGCCAAUUCAGCUAUGUGGGUCGCUUGGGGUAUUGUCCAGGCGCACAUCCCGGGCAUGCCGGAUUUCGAAGCAGAGAGCAACAACGCAGGCACUGACAAGAGCGCGACAAAAGACGAGUUAGAGAGCACCACGGCCGAGGUGCAAGCGGAAGCGGAAGAAGAGGAAAAGAACGGUUUAGUGAGUCCAGAAAAGGCGGAGGAAAAGGGCGAUGCAAAAGUUCAAACUGAGCAAGAGACUGAUCUAUUCAAGUCCCAGGAUGAAGAAGAGUUCGACUAUCUCGCGUAUGCUCAUGAUCGAGCAAUGUUUCUCUGGGGCGACGCACUCCGCAUGGGCAUCGUCAAGGCCGAGGAGUUGCCAGAGGAGUUGCACAAGAAGCUCAAGAUUGUCGAGUACUAA